AUCAUUCCAUUGUGCGGUUACGAGUCCAACGGCCCUACAGUUUUCAAUAGCGGCCUCGAUCGCCACCUUAUCUACACUUCACCCGCAGCCCGGAGUGAGCCGCAUCGCAUCGUGCUCGAGCUUCUCUCUUCCUUGCAUUUGUAUAGCAUCUCAUUCACGGGCACCAUUCACGACCACCGCCUCACUCGCUUCUGGCUGCGUCGAAGUACUCAAGCCACCGAGUCUCGACUUGCUCCGCUCCACGACUCCGCGAUUUGGACUACCCCUGGUCAUGACUCUGCAUUAGCCGCAAUCCCCUCCACGGCCGACUACAUCUCCACCUCGCAAUCCAGCAGCACCUCGCAGGAGACAGAGGCUGCGCGCAGUACGGGAGUGGCAUACUUGGACUCGAAGUUGUGUUUCCCGUAGCGGUCGACUGUCACAACGUACCUUUCUGGGACACAUCACCAUGUCUUCUACCACUUCGGCGGCGCCUGCUGCCACCACGACUGGCUCGACUGAAAAGCACGACGGCAAGAGCAACUCCAACAACCCACUGCUUUUCUUUGUCGCGCUGGGCUUCGGCGUCGUCUUCACGAAUUUAUGGAUUAUCGUUGGCGUUAAGUACUGCUUUCGAUACAAUGCCCGCAACCGCGCCGCGCGCAUCCUCAACGAACAUGGCGAACCCAUCGAUCUCGAUAACAUGCCACCGGGCCACCGAAGGAGGAGGAAGGAGAAGAAGCUCCUUUCUAUGCAAGAGGUCAACGAGCGGUUUCCGCUCACCAAAUACAAAGUCUUUCGCUCGAGUCGCGAAGCCGUGGGCGUGCCUGAAGGAGGUGUUCCUACUUCGCCGAGUCGCCCAGCCAGUGUGAGAAGGGUCGAGGGUGUGAAUAGCUCGAUGGUAGGAGGAACAGUAGCAGACACAGCACCUCCACAAACCGCGCUUGCUAUCGCGCAACAAGAUCAUGCCGAAGCCGUCACAGGAGGCAACACUACCAACAAACCUACACCCCAAGCGACCACCAGCACCGACCUUGUGGCCGAGAAGAACGACACCGCUGUUCGGUCCAGCUCCGUUGGAACAGGCGACGACGACGAUGAAGACGACCCGAUCCGAACCGCUGCGCCCGCUGAAAUGCUCGACGUUCCGGGUGAUACCUGCGCCAUCUGUAUCGACACACUCGACGACGAUGAUGAUGUGCGCGGCCUAACAUGCGGGCAUGCCUUCCACGGCUCCUGCGUCGAUCCCUGGCUGACAUCCCGUCGUGCAUGUUGUCCACUGUGCAAGGCCGACUACUACGUUCCCAAGCCACGCGAUGCUGCAGCUGAUGGCGAGAGAGGCUCGAUGCCAACGUAUCCUUCUCACACGUGGAUUGGACCAGGCGGUUUCAGGCCACACAUGAUUUUGACGUCGAGAGGCUUCUUCCUGGGAGAUCAGGUGCAGGAGAGGAUGAAUGGGCCGGGAGGUGCGAGGAGAAAUCGUGCUGCGAGGACGACGAAUACGACGACGAAUGGGGCGGCGAGACCGGGAUUCUUUGGACGAUGGAGACCUGGCGCGCAGAGUGCGACGACCACCACACCCACGGCCGGCACGACGAAUCCUUCUACCGAUCCUACUAUUACUACUCAAACACCACCCACCAGCACGUGGCGAUCAAUGCUGCCGAGACUGCGACGAGGAGAGGAGAGCCGCACGCAGGAGGCGCAACUCGAAGCUGGAACGAGGACUGUCCGAUGA